UGAAAAUGGGUGUCCCUGCUGCUUCUUAGCAACGAGAGGGGGUCAAGUGACACAACCAGCUGACUCCUGUAGAGGAAGUCACUGUGGAGGCCAGUUCUGGAGCUGUUGUAGCCUCGGUUGCCCGGCCGGGGACCCGAGCCGAACAGUUAUCGUCAGAAUGUCGGGCAAAGACCGAAUUGAAAUCUUUCCCUCGAGAAUGGCACAGACUAUCAUGAAGGCUCGUUUAAAGGGAGCACAGACAGGUCGAAACCUCCUGAAGAAAAAAUCUGAUGCCUUAACUCUUCGAUUUCGACAGAUCCUAAAGAAGAUAAUAGAGACUAAAAUGUUGAUGGGCGAAGUGAUGAGAGAAGCUGCCUUUUCACUAGCCGAAGCCAAGUUCACAGCAGGUGACUUCAGCACUACAGUUAUCCAAAAUGUAAAUAAAGCCCAAGUGAAGAUUCGAGCGAAGAAAGAUAAUGUAGCAGGUGUUACUUUGCCAGUAUUUGAACAUUACCAUGAAGGAACUGACAGUUAUGAACUGACUGGUUUAGCCAGAGGUGGGGAACAGUUGGCUAAAUUAAAGAGGAAUUAUGCCAAAGCAGUGGAACUACUGGUGGAACUAGCUUCGCUGCAGACUUCUUUUGUUACUUUGGAUGAAGCUAUUAAGAUAACCAACAGGCGUGUAAAUGCCAUUGAACAUGUCAUCAUUCCCCGGAUUGAACGUACUCUUGCUUAUAUCAUCACAGAGCUGGAUGAGAGAGAGCGAGAAGAGUUCUAUAGGUUAAAGAAAAUACAGGAGAAGAAAAAGAUUCUAAAGGAAAAAUCUGAGAAGGAUUUGGAACAAAGGAGAGCAGCUGGAGAGGUGCUGGAGCCUGCUAAUCUUCUAGCUGAAGAGAAGGAUGAGGAUCUUCUGUUUGAAUAAUCUUUCCUGUUCUGGUUCUUUUAGAAACCCUAACACUGGCUUCAUCUUAAUUCAUAGUGUGUAGGUUUGAUUUGUCUGGCUAUUUAUUUUUUGGCCUAAGAAUUUCACUGGUUGUAACAUUUACCUGGAUGUCUGUUUAUGGGAUUACUUUUGCAGAAUCAUAAUUUAGCAACCAUUUAUCAUGGAUGAAAGAGAUCUGUAAAACCUGCCCAGGAACUUAAAGAAUUUACUCUGAAGUGUUAUCCUACUCCAUUUACAUCUGUGUUACACGUGCUGUGCUUACCAAGCAUAUUAGGAAAUACCUCUUAGGAAGCAUUAGUGGUCUCAGGCCAA